UGAAAUAAAUAAAAAAAUUGUGUAAAAAAUUAUUUGUAUAAAUCAGACAAAAUUUGCAACAUAAAAAAAACUUAAAAAGAAAGAAAAUUUUGUGUGAGUGAAUGUGUGUGUCAGCAGAAUAAAAAAAAGUGAAGAGAAGUACGACGACGUAGACAAGAAAGAACAAGCAAGAAUUAGACAAAAAGAAAUUGAUGUGAACGGUGAAAUUGAGAUAUAAAUAAAACAUGAAAAUAACAAUAAUUAAGGGCGAUAUAAUUCUAAAAUAAUUUAUUACUUAAUUGAAUUAAAAUAUAAAUUUUGUUUUUUCUUAUUUUUGUUUGUGAUUUAUUUUUUCUGGGUAUAUGUAUUAAGUAUGGCAACACUUUAAAUGUGAGAAAAAUAUUAAUUGACAAAAGAAACAAAAAAAGCAUUGCCAUUUGUCUACAAAAGAAGAAAGAAGAGAGAGAAAAAACCAGGACCAAAAAUACAUAAUUAAUACAUUCUAUAAAUAAUUGUUGUAACAACACUAAUAAAAUAAAAAUAAAAAAAUCCUAUUUUUCAAGUGUCAUUCAAAAUAAAACCACAACAGUAAAAAUUAAAAAUAAAAAACUUAGCAACUUAACAAGCAAUAAUUGCAUGUAACAAAAAUAAACAAAAAAGAAAUACAUAAAUAACACCAAUUAAAAAUAGUUAUAAAAAUAAAAUAAAACAAACAACAAAAAUAAUUUUGAGUGUUAAAAAAGAAAAAUAAAUAUACAGACAUAUUUUUUAUUUGUUGUCAAAUUUACAAAAAGGAAGAAAAGUCAUCCGUUCUCUUUAAAUAGAAAAAAGUAAAUCAAGAAAUAAAAAAUACAAAUAAAUAAAUUACACAAAUGGGUACCAAUUCAGGAGCCACGACUGGCAUUAAUAAUAAACCGGUUGGCGGUGGCACAGGUGCCGGAGGCGGCGGUGUCAUUGGCACUGGCUUAAGUGGUUCUGUGGGGCUUGGCGGUAGUGGCGGCGGUGGUGGUGGCAUUGGUAACUCAGCUAAUAACAGUUUAGGUCCCAAUUCUGGCCUUGGUUUAGUUGGUGGUAACAAUGUCUCCAACACCGGUGGACUAGGUGGAGUCGGUUCUACCGGCAAUACGGAUGAUGGAAAUGGUGGCACAUCAAUUGCCAAUAAUCAACAAGCUACGCCACAAUACACAAUACCCGGCAUUUUACAUUUUAUACAACAUGAGUGGUCACGUUUCGAACUUGAGCGUUCUCAGUGGGAUGUAGACCGUGCUGAAUUACAGGCUCGCAUUGCCAUGUUGCUGGGUGAACGUAAAUGUUUGGAAAGUCUUAAAUCGGAUUUGACACGUCGCAUUAAGAUGUUAGAAUAUGCUUUAAGACAGGAACGUGCUAAAUUUUAUCGCUUAAAAUAUGGCACGGAUCCACCACAAUUAAAUGAAUUGAAACCAUCGGCUGAUGACUCAUCGCUGGGUGGGGAGGUAGCACCCGACUCCGAAGUUCCCUAUAGUUCAGUAUCAAAUACCACUUGGCGCCAGGGUAGACAAAUGUUACGUCAAUAUCUAGCUGAAAUCGGUUAUACCGAUAAUAUAAUUGAUGUGCGCUCAAAUCGUGUACGUUCGAUUUUGGGUUUAAAUAAUAAUGCAGAACAAGAGGAAAAUGUCAGUCCUAAUAUCAAUGGGAAUGAAAACAAUAAAAGAGCCUCAGAGUCAGAAGGUCGCCGUACACCUGCAAAAAAGGUUCAGCAAACAAACGAUGCGAUCAUUUUAGAUACUGAGGCUGCUGUAAUGGCAAAUUUUGAAUUUUUAGGACCCACAGAAAUGUCAGAUGAUGAUGAAAUUUCCGAUGAUUUGGAAAUGGUAACUGGCGAUAAUGAUGAAACUGACAUUAAAACACAAAAACGCAUAAAAUCUGGCAAAGAUAUGCUCAGUGAAGAUCUGGGAGCCGAGUUGGGAGAGCAGCUGCUCAAUGAUAUAAAUCUUAUAACAGAAGGAUAUUCAUCAUCGAAUGUUGAACAAACCAAUAAUACUGUUAAUACAGCCGCUUCGGCUGCUGCACGUCGUAAUCUCAUAACAGCUGUUACCGCCGGUGGCGAUGAAGAUGUCGAUGCCUCUUUGGGCUUGGGAGAGUUGGCACAAUUGACUGUCAACAAUGAUUCUGAAGGAUCGUACGAUUCGAAUGCAAAAGAUGGCACUGCCGGCGGAGCUGGUUAUCGCAAGACAUGGAAUGCCAAAUACACACUACGCUCUCAUUUCGAUGGAGUGCGUUCAUUGAUUUUCCACCCAGAAGAGCCGGUGCUUAUAACAGCCUCAGAGGAUCACACGUUAAAACUGUGGAAUCUACAGAAAACUGUGCAAGCCAAAAAAUCAGCUAGUCUCGAUGUUGAGCCCUUGUACACAUUCAGAGCUCACACUGGUCCCGUUCUAUGCUUGGGCAUGUCGACCACCGGAGACACUUGCUACUCGGGCGGUUUGGAUGGCAAUAUUGAGUGUUGGCAGUUGCCAUCUCCUAAUAUUGAUCCUUAUGAUUGCUAUGAUCCCAGUGUUCAUUCGGGAACUUUAGAAGGCCAUACUGAUGCUGUCUGGGGUCUUGCUACCAUGCACAGUAACAUUGUAUCAUGCUCAGCGGAUGGAACGGUCAAACUUUGGUCACCCUACACCAAAGAACCAUUGCUACGCACUUAUACCGCCUCUGAGGCCGAAGGCGCCCCUUCGUCUGUUGAUUUUGUGCGCAAUGAGGUCGAUCACAUUGUGGUGGCCUACAACAGUGCCCACUGUAUUAUUUAUGACACCGAGACCGGAAAGCAGAUCAUCAAGUUGGAAGCCGCUCAAGAGAUGUCCGGCAAUACGGGGAAAUUCAUAAACAAAGUGAUCUCACAUCCAACGUUGCCUAUAACGAUCACUGCUCACGAGGAUCGACACAUACGUUUUUGGGACAACACUUCGGGGACAUUGGUACAUUCGAUGGUUGCUCAUUUGGAACCGGUCACAUCGCUGGCGGUCGAUGCCCAUGGUUUAUACUUGUUAUCGGGCUCUCACGAUUGUUCAAUACGCCUGUGGAAUCUAGACAAUAAGACGUGCGUGCAGGAAAUCACAGCGCACCGCAAGAAGUUCGACGAGAGCAUAUUCGAUGUCGCGUUUCAUGCUACCAAACCCUACAUAGCCAGCGCGGGUGCCGAUGGCUUAGCAAAAGUCUUUGUCUAGAUGGCAAAUGCUACAAAAACAACAACGAUUACGUAAGAUAAUAAAUAAUGAGUUGAGAUUGUAAUUGAUACAUAACGACAAUUUCAUAAAAAUGUCGUUAUUUUUGUUAGAGUAGAGAGGUUAGAAAAGGCAGCCAUUAAAAAAAACAACAAAAACAAAAAUAUAUUUAUAUUUAAAAAAAUAAACAACAAAAUAUUUAUUUAUAACUCGACAUGUAGUGGAUGAAAGUAGAAAGGAACGACUUGAGAGAGGUAUUUUCAAACGUUAUUUUCUCUGAUUGUUUGCAAAAUCAUUUAACUGCCAAAAUCAUUUAACAAAUUUAACAUUUAUUUUAUAACAACACCGAUUAGACAAAACCAAAUAACAAAUCCUAACAGCUUUAACAAAAUCCAUUGAAUUCUUAAAAUUUAUAUCUUUUUCGCUUGGAAAUACCUUUCACAGCAACUAGUUUAAACUUACGAACGAACGUCGACUUUUCGUUUAUAAUUAAAUAAAAAAAAAAUACAUAAUAAAACAAAUUAAGAAUCAUUUAAAGAAACGUAGCUUAUAUUUGUCGAAUCCCUCUCUAUCACAAUGAUUGAUAAUGAUGAUGAAAAUGAUGAAUGAUAAAAUGCAUGAUGAGCAAAGCAAGUAAAUUUUAACAUUUAUUAUAUUAUAUGUUAUACAAAAAUAAAAUUUAAAAUAAAAAUACAUACAUACAUAAUAAAAGAAAAAGAAAAACAAACAAAAAAAGAAAAAUAAUAUAAAUAAAAAAAUU